AUGUUGCUCCCUCGCCUUUCUACUCUCUUAGGCAUUACGAGCCUGGCAACUCUUCCAGUCGCUAACGCUUACGAUGGCGAUGACAACAUCAAGAGCAUCCCACUUCGAACUCACAGUCUUGCUCCACCGUAUCUGGAUUCGGACUUCCAAAGCCGCUGGUUCGAUUUUGGUGGUGAUACUAUAAUCCGGGCUGACAAAUAUAUUCGUCUUACAUCGGAUCGACCAUCGCAGAAAGGAUGGAUCUUCUCUCGUGUUCCGCUUACAGCCACCAACUGGGAGGUCGAGGUCGAGUUCAAGAUUCAUGGAGAUGGCAAUUUGCAUGGUGAUGGGUUCGCCAUGUGGUUGACCAAGCAACGUGCGACGGAAGGUCCAGUCUUUGGAUCGGCCGAUCGCUUCGAUGGUUUGGGUAUCUUCUUCGACACAUACAAGAAUAACCGCCCUGGGACCUCUUUUCCCUAUGUCAUGGCCAUGAUGGGCGAUGGACAGACCACGUAUGACCAGGCCCAUGAUGGCAAGGCAAACGAACUAGCCGGAUGCUCUGCUCGCGGCCUGCGGGGUGCCACAAUUCCUACCAAAGCACGUCUGACCUACUUCCAAGACAAAUCGCUGUCACUUGACUUGCAAUAUAAGUCGGAGGACACCUGGAAUAACUGCUUCACUCUGACGGCUCCGGAUGCUAAUAUCGCCAUCCCAUCCGUCGCUUACCUGGGUUUCUCUGCUGAAACCGGUGAGCUGAGCGAUAACCAUGAUAUUAUUUCAGUUAAGUCUAGCAACCUUUACAGUAUUGGAGGCAGCAAGAGCACCAGUUCCAACCGUGCAAGCAGCCCCAAGAAUGACAGGGCACGUGUGAGGACAAACUCUCAGAAGCAAAACAGAAGUUGGGGAUGGGUCUUGUUCAAGAUUGUUUUGUUUUUCGGCGCCGUUGCUGGCUGUUACGUGGGGUAUACUGUAUACCGAACUAGGCAGAGAUAUUCGAGAUUCUAG